AUGUCUCCGCUCAUGACACUAACUAUUGUGGCAUUCCUGCUCCUUGCAGACCUGAACAACGCAGAACGGGUCCUGGGAGCGUACGUCUUCCAGCGCCAUGGAGACCGGACCGCAAAAGCCUGGCCACCGACCAAGUUGACCGGUCUCAGGUACAGUCAGGAGUAUAUGACUGGGACCUUUUUUCACGACCGCUAUAUCUCGGCAAAUUCCUCUUACCAGAUUGAUGGGAUCAGUACCGACAUCGUCAACUUGGCCCAGGUCACUGCGAGCGCGCCGCAAGAUAAUGUGAUCGAUAACUCCGGAGAGGGAUUCCUACAAGGUCUUUACCCUCCCAUCGGUUCAAUUUCCAUGGAGACACUGCGCAAUGGAUCGAUAAUCGAGGUUCCGUUGAAUGGCUACCAGCUAAUCCCGUUGUCAGACGUGCAAUCUGGCAGCGGGAGUGAGGACAACACGUGGUUGCAGAGCACUUCCUCCUGUAGCAAGGCCCAAGUGAGCAGCAGUGACUAUUCCAACUCGAAAUCCUACGAAAGCCUGCUCUUAACCACGCGUGGGCUCUACCAGUCUCUCGAGCCGUUGGUGAAUGAGACAUUCAGUCCCAGUGAGCUGAGCUACAAGAAUGCAUAUACUAUAUGGGAUUUACUCCACGUGGCUCUGAUACACAACUCCACCGCAAAUUUCCCUUCAUCAACCAUUCUCACCGAUUCGGUCAUGCAAGAGCUGCUUGUUCUCGCGAAUCAGCACGAGUUCAACCUAGCAUACAAUACUUCUGACCCCAUCCGUGCUAUUGCAGGUAUGACACUGGCAGGCGAAGUUCUGACAGCUCUGAACGAAACAAUUACAUCUGGCGGUAAAUCCAAGCUGAAUAUCCAGUUUGGUGCGUACGCCUCUUUCCUGUCAUACUUCGGUCUGGCUGAGCUCUCAAAUGUCAAUGUCAAUUUUACCGGCAUUCCUGACUAUGCUUCAUCCAUGGCGUGGGAGCUUGUGACAGAUGACGAAGGGACCGAGAUUCCCGCCACUUCAGACAUUAGAGUGCGUUUUGUGUUCCACAAUGGAACUGGCAUCGAGGGCUCGACACAGCUGCAAGCUUAUGCACUCUUUGGCCAAUCGACGGUGGAGCUCCCGUGGGCGCAAUUUGUGGACGGGACAAAGAAGAUUGCCAUUCAAUCACAGGAGGAAUGGUGCAAAGCGUGUGGAAAUAGCACUGGAAUCUGCGCCUCGAGCUCUGGUGCCGGUGAUAUUUCGCCGUCUAAUUCCUCAGCUGGUUGUCCCUCGGGCGGAGGAAUGAGCUUGGGAGUGGCGGGUGUCAUUGGGGCACUGGUAGCUCUAGGUGUUCUUGUUGGGCUACUAAUCUUGAGCAUGAUGGUCUUUGGCCUGCGAUUUGGACCCAAGAGCGCGCUCGCUGGUAUCCAUCGAGGAUCGGACGUUUCUACAGCUUCCGUGAUGAAGACGACUGUGGUGUAG